ACCCAGUCAUGAUGAGCCAAGUCGACAGCAUACCAAUAUGGAAGAAGAAGAAAAAAAGGAACAGGUUUUAUUAGAUGAGUUGCAGAAACAAGUCAACGGCAGCUAUGGAAAUCCUCUCCCUCCCUCCAUUAUUACAUUAAUCACUGAACAUUGAUAUGGUAUGGAGGACAAGCGUGCUAAUCUCAUAUCCCUUUCCGUAAUCCUUCUUCUAAUCAUCUUAAUCAUAAUCGCCCGCCUCACUCUAAAACUAUCUAACCCCUUCUUCCUAAUAUGCGGCGCCUCCGUCGCCGCUAUCUUCGCCGUUCUCACCUUCGUCGUCGUCCGGACCCGGUUCACCACCCGCCGCAGGUUUCUCGAGAGGCAGCUCGAUUCACAGGGCCGCGAGCUCCGGAUCGAGUACAGUUUCCUCCGCAAGGUCGCCGGAGUUCCGACGAAGUUCCGCCACAGGGAGCUGGAGGAAGCCACCGACGGGUUCAGAUCUCUGGUCGGCCGCGGCGGAUCUGGUUCGGUCUUCAAGGGAAUACUCUCCGACGGCACCGCGGUGGCGGUGAAGCGGAUCGACGGUGAAGAGAGGGGCGACAAGGAAUUCAAAUCCGAAGUGGCAGCAAUCGCGAGUGUGCAGCACGUGAACCUAGUUCGCCUCCUGGGAUACUGCAUUUCGUCGAACGGGCCCCGUUUCCUAGUCUACGAUUACGUCCAAAACGGGUCGUUGGAUAACUGGAUCUUCCCGAAGAUGGGGGCCAGUUACCGUCAGAGGAGGGGCUGUUUGUCUUGGGAUUUGAGAUGCAGUGUCGCUCUUGACGUGGCCAAAGCGCUGUCUUACUUGCACCAUGAUUGCCGCUCGUGCAUAUUGCACCUCGAUGUCAAGCCCGAGAAUAUAUUGAUCGACGAGAGUUACAGAGCGCUCGUUGCGGAUUUCGGUCUGUCCAAGCUCAAAGGAAGGGACGAGAGCCGAGUCGUGACCACUAUACGCGGGACCAAAGGUUACUUGGCCCCCGAGUGGCUACUAGAAAACGGUGUUUCGGAAAAGUGCGACGUUUAUAGCUACGGAAUGGUUCUAUUGGAGAUUGUGGGCGGGCGGAGAAAUAUAAGCGUGAUUGAAAAAGUGGGGAAUCACGAACAUUCGAAGAAGAAAUUUCAAUUUUUCCCGAAAAUUGUUGUCGAGAAAUUAAAAGAAGGGAAACUAAUGGAGAUUGUGGAUGAGAGGCUUCUAGAAGGAGGAGAGCGAAGUGUGGUCGAUGAGAGAGAGUUGGAGAGAAUGGUAUUAGUGGCGUUGUGGUGCAUUCAAGAGAAGGCUAAGAUGAGGCCAACAAUGACUGAGGUUGUUGAUAUGUUGGAAGGUCGUACGGCCGUUGAAGAACCACCGAGCACACAAAUGCUCGUCGUCGAUCUCUUAUCAAUUGACGACGACGAUGAUGAUGAAAGUGCUAACAAUCAUAGAAGAGGUCAUGGUGCUUCUAAGCCGAGAUUUGUUCCAAUGGAUCGUGAAAAUCCAUCCUCGUCUUGUUAUUCGUUUACAUUUUCGUCACUUGCAGGCCGUUAAAUCGUCUAAACUUCCUUUCUUUUCCCCUCUUUCUAUCGUAUUAAGUCUUUUUGGCGAGCUACACAACACAGUUGUUUUUUUUUCAUUUAAUUUAUUUGUCAAAUUAUACCACACCCAAAAUUUGUUUGAAUUCUGUCCUUCUGAAUUCAUCGCAUAUAAGAAAAUAUAUUGUUUGAAAGAACGUUAC